AGUCCCGUACUUAUUCUUCUUCCGUGCAAUCUUCUCUGAGAAAAAUCCUCCUUUCUGAAGUUCAAUGGCAAGACUCGAUCUGGACGGAAACCCGAUCGAGCCGCUCACGAUCUGCAUGAUCGGCGGCGGCGGAUUCAUCGGGUCCCAUCUCUGCGACAAGCUCGCCGAGGAAAGCCUCCACAAGGUCAUCGUGAUCGACGUCUCUGAAGAAAAGAUCAAACACCUCCUCGAGGCAAGCUGCCCCUCUUCCAGCCGCUUCGAGUUCCACAAGAUUAACAUCAAGCAUGAUUCCCGCCUCGAGUCUCUGAUCAAGACCGCCGAUCUCACGAUCAAUCUUGCAGCGAUCUGCACACCGGCGGAUUACAACAAGCGGCCGCUUGAUACAAUCUACAGCAAUUUCAUCGAUGCGAUUCCAGUGGUUAAGUUCUGUUCUGAGUAUAAGAAGCGCUUGAUUCAUUUCUCUACGUGUGAAAUCUAUGGGAAGACCGUCGGGAGUUUCCUUCCGAAAGAUCACCCCCUUCGGCAGGAUCCAAAAUUUUAUGUCCUGAAAGAAGACGAGUCACCCUGCGUUUUCGGCCCAAUAGAGAAACAGAGGUGGUCCUAUGCCUGCGCUAAGCAAAUGAUUGAAAGGCUGAUAUAUGCUGAGAGUCACGAACAUGGCCUCAAGUUCACGAUUGUUAGGCCUUUCAACUGGAUCGGACCGAGGAUGGAUUUCAUACCAGGCAUUGAUGGGCCAAGCGAAGGAGUCCCUAGGGUUCUUGCAUGCUUCAGUAAUAAUCUUCUCCGGGGCGAGCAACUUAAGCUUGUUGAUGGUGGUCAGUCACAAAGGACCUUUCUCUACGUAAAGGAUGCCAUCGAAGCACUUUUGCUGAUGAUUGAGAACCCGUCACGUGCGAACGGUCAUAUUUUCAAUGUGGGCAAUCCUGACAAUGAAGUUACAAUGAAAGAACUGGCAGAAAUGAUGGUAAAGGUGUAUCCAAAAGUAUCCGGUGAGCCUGCAUUGGAGGUACCCACCAUCGAUGUAAGCUCGAAGGAUUUCUACGGUGAAGGGUACGAUGACUCUGACAAACGCAUUCCUGACAUGACCAUUAUCAACAAACAGCUCGGAUGGAACCCGAAGACAUCGCUAAUGGACCUUCUAGAAUCGACACUGGCCUACCAGCACCAGACAUAUUCAAAGGCCAUGAAGGAAGCACUCUCCAAGCCAGCUUGCUGAGUUGAAUUUUACAGAAAACGCCCACCCCCAGCCACACAUACAAUGUAACACUCAAAAUGCCAUCAGUUUCCAUUCCACAGAAGAAAA